AUGGCGAAGUGGGAGGUGAAGGAGGGAAAUAUGGGGAGCGAUGAGGAAGAGUUGGUGGGCGAUGGAACAGAGGAGGAAUUAGAGGAGCGAGAGGAGGAAGAGGAGGAAGGAGAGGAAGAGGAGGAAGGGGAUGAAGGGAAGGAGGAGGAAGGGGAGGAAGGGGAGGGUAACGAGGAGGGGGAGGAAGGAGAGGAGGGUGAGGAAAAUGAGGGGGGAGAUGCAGCGGGUGCGCGUGGGUUGGAUCGGCUACGAACGAACGAAGGCGCCACCGAAGGGCGGAGUGAUUAUAGCGAGAGUGAUAGCGAUGAGGGCGACGCGGAUCGAAGCGGAAGUGACGGGGACGGCGGAACGAUGGGCGCAGAGAAUGGGCUUGGGAACGGGCGGAAGCGGCGGAAAGGGGAUGGAGAGGGGGGGGAAGAGCAGGGAGAGGGCGGGAAGAGAAAGCAGGCGAAAUUGGCGAAAGGGAAGAAGCGACACAAAACUGGCGUGUGUUACCUUUCGAGAAUACCCCCUCGCAUGAAACCCUUGAAGCUGCGUCACUUGCUGUCGCCGUACGCGGAAAUCCUUCGGAUAUACCUCGCACCUGAAGACCCAGCAGCUCGCCAGCGCCGGCGGGCAGCGGGGGGCAGCCGAAACAAAAACUUCACAGAAGGGUGGGUGGAGUUCGCACGGAAGAGGGACGCCAAGCGAGUGGCGGUGCUGCUCAACGGCCAGCCCAUGGGCGGCAAGAAUCGCUCGCACCACCGGUUUGACCUGUGGACGAUUAAGUAUCUCAAGCGCUUCAAGUGGGACAACCUCAGCGAGGAGAUGGCGUACCGCCGGGCGGUGAGGGAGCAGAAGCUGGAGGCGGAGAUGCGGGUGGCGGCCAAGGAGAGGGACGCGUAUGUGACGCGCGUGCAGCACAGCAAGGUGCUGCAGCGCCGCCAGGCCAAGGCAGCCAAGAAGGCCAAGCCAGCAGCAGCAGGGGCGGAGGGAGGGGAGGGGGCAACGCAGCAGCAGGUUCGACAGCCUGUGCGGCACUACAUCCAGCGAGGAGCAAUAGGGGAGGGCCAGGAGCAGGAGGAGGGUAGACUCAUGUCCCGAGGCGUGCUGGGGAAGGUGAGAGGUGUGCUGGGGAAGGUGAGGGAGACUGGAGUGAUGGGAUUGCAAGGGAAUGUGGUGGGGGUGUGA